AUGUGUGAUUUAGGGGCUAGUAUAAAUUUGAUGCCAUCAUCUUUGUUCAAGCAACUCGGAUUGGGGGUCCUUAGACCGACUACAAUCACUUUACAGUUGGAAGAUAAGUCGCUAGUGAUGCCAGAAGUAAUUAUUGAGGAUGUGUUAGCUCGAGUGGCGAAGUUUAUUCUUCCUAUUGAUUUUAUUGUUCUUGAUUACAGGGCAGAUGAGGAAGUGCCCAUUAUUUUGGGGCGACCGUUCUUAGAUACUGGUGGAGCGAUUAUUGAUGUGAGGGAAGAGAAGUUGAAGAUGAGAGUUGAUGAUGAGGAAAUCACUUUUAAUGUGUAUAAGGCACUUAAGCUCCCUAAGCGUUAUGAAGACUUGUGCAUGAUUCUGUGA